AUGGCAGCAGAUGCAACCACGGUUCCCGAGUUCGAGGAUGCUAUGAAGGAGAUCAAAGAGUUAGAUGAAAGAUGUGUAGAUUGGUUGGCCGACAAGCCACCUUCACAAUGGUCGAGGUCACAUUUUGCGACAUUUUCAAAGUGUGAUAUGAUUUUGAACAACUUGUGUGAAUCUUUCAAUAGAAUUAUAUUGGAUGCAAGAGAUAUGCCAAUUUUGCCUAUGUUGGAAUGGAUUAGGAGAUAUCUGUUGUCACGGCUUGCAAAACGGAGAGAAAUGGCACUUCGAAAAUGGGAAAAUAUGCAAUUUUGCCCCAAAAUAGUGAAAAUCAUGGAAAAAAAUAUUCGAGAAGCUUCAUCAUGUGUUCCAGUUAAGGCCGAUGAUUGGACCUAUGAGGUGGGUUGUUCCGAUGGCAGCAGGUUUGUAGUGGAUAUUUUGAAGAAAUCGUGUGGGUGUAGAAAAUGGGAUUUAUAUGGGAUUCCUUGUCGUCAUGGAAUGAGUGCCAUCUGCGGUCAACAGCUAGAUCUAGCGGACUUUGUCGAUGAAGUAUACAGUGUUGAGAACUUCAAAAGGGUUUAUUCAUAUUCUAUUGGCCCUAUGAAUGGAGCACAACUGUGGCCGAAAACUGGUUUGCCUCCACCAUUUCCACCUAUCGUAAAACGCUCUGCUGGCCGGCCUAAAACAACAAGAAGGCGUGAUCCUUAUGAGAUUAUGGAGAAGGGAUACACAAGAAGACAAAAAGGAGAUAACAAUAGUUUGCCAAAACAAAGAAGACGAGUAACUUGUAAGUUUUGUGGUCUUAUCGGUCACACACUUAGGGGUUAUCAACAGAGAAAAGCUCAGUUGUAUGAAUCAAAUUCCACUGCGAGAAUUACGCAAGCAAGUGAACACGAGGAGCCGCAAAGGGUACAAGCUCCCACAACAAAAUUAACGGUAUGA